GGUGGAAGGUGACGCCUGUGUGUACGCAGGUGAGCGCCAGUAGAGGAAGACAACGACCCAACGGAAGACGACUGUCAAAAAGCUGGCAGAAAUGACUUUAAACAAUUUGUACACAAAUGUGAUCGAAGGGAAAUAGAAUCCACCAUGGGGAAUUUAGGAGUAUGCUCUGCCAACCUCAAGGACAACAAAGCCCUAAUGAAGAUGGGGUUGGGGCUGGUGCUGGUGGGCCAUUUCAACUUUCUUCUUGGAGCACUGGUGCACGGCGCUGUGCUCAGGCACAUCAGCGUGCACUCUGAGUCCCGGACCAUGGUGUACGCCAUCUCUAAUGUCAUUGCCAUUGUGGCAGGCUUGGUGGGAAUUGUUGGUGGAAUAACGGCCAUUGUCCUGUCCAAAAACAAGAAAAACAGGAUCCUGCAGUGGGUCUUGUUGGUCUUCAGCUUCCUGGCAGGUCUCUUGGCAGUUGCCUCCACCCUGGGCUUGUCACUUUCUAUGGUAACAGCCAUUGUUCAAAAAGGAUGGAGCCUACUAAAGCACUGCACGUUUCCUGAUGAUAUCAGCUCUUUUAGCAUCACAAACGAAUGCCCCUUUGACCCCACCCGUGUCUAUGAGACAACACUCAUUCUCUGGGUGCCUCUCAUCUUGAUGUCCGUGGUGGAAAUGGUGUUCUCCUUCCGCUGCUUUGCUGUCUGUACUUCAUUCCUUUACCUCUGUCCGUGCAGGAGGAGGCCGACCCAGGCUAAGAGGGUGCGUAUCCAGGAAGCUGUUGAAAUUUCUUCAUUGCCUCCAGCACAAGAUCCAGAGACCGAUGCUACAGCUGAGCCUGCAGAGCAGGAUGAACUGCUGGACCGCGACACUGCAGUGGAGCAGAGCGAAUGGCUCUGAACCAGCUAAACCUAAUGAGAUAGGUUGCUAACUGCUGGGCUCAUCUGUGAAGUUGUUGUAUUGAGUGUGUCUGUUACACACUGAAGACAUUUGUGAGACUUAAGCCAGCAUAGUAAUGGCAUUUUAUUUCCCUCUACAUCAAAAAGAGGGAUUGUUUCUGAAAAUAUUGCAGUUGGUUUGGUUUAAAAUGAUCAGAUUGUGUUGUGUGUAUUGUAUUAUCUUGAACAUACUAAGAGCUGUCAGCUGUAUCUUGACAUUAAAAUGAUUUUUUUUAAA